AUGAUAAUCAACACUGAAUUUUCUGGGAAGUUCACCUUAGAAUCACUCUCAAAUCCAUACAAUGAAGGUAUUUGGGCAAAAUCUGCUGAAGAAAUACCAUCAGCAAUUCGUAAUCGACCAAAAAAUAAGUUUCCAAGUGGAAUUGUUUUUUGGUGUGGUAUUUCUUAUGAAUGCCUGUUUCCCAAAAAUGGUCCAUUUGAUGUCACAUCAUGGUUACAAAAACAAGUAAGGGACAAAUCAAGAAAAAAAAAUUAUAUGAAUAGUCAUUUAUAUGGUAAAUUUAUUAAAGAAAUUGGUUAUAAAGAAAUUCAAAACGUAUGCCGAAGAAAUUUUAUAUUUCAAGAUGACGCUGAUACAAAACAACGAACAAAGAUUGUAUUAGAAACUAUAGAUGAAUUAUUUAGUGAUCGAAUUUCACCUCAGGAAUGUGAUGCAAAAUUUGCCGACGUAUGGUCCAUCGAAAAUGUUUGGGAAAUAUUGAAGGAAAAAAUAUGUGGAGAACAGUUUUCGAGUUUUCAACAGCUAAAAAAUAGAUUGAACAAAGAAUGGAAAAAAAUAACUUAUGAUGAUUGUAAAAAGAUGAUUGAUGAAAUUCCUGAAAGACUUAAUGAAAUGAUAAAAAGUGGUGGAGAACAGAUACAUCAGAGUUAA